AUGCUCAUCAAUAGUCUUCUCUUGGCAGGAUGGGCAACACUUGCUGUAGCGAGUUGGGAUGGGAACAUCAACUAUGGCAGUCCAUCUCUCGGGCAUGCUCCGCUCGGUAUCAACACAGAUAAAGUCAAAAGAAGAAUGCUGCAAAAGCGAGACGGAUCAUACCAUCACUCCUCGAACAUCACUUUCACCCAUGGCGUCGCAUCAGGUGACCCAUAUGCAGAUUCUGUCAUUCUCUGGACACGGGCUUCGCCUGUUCUGGAGAAUGACAGAUCGAACGUGACAGUCGAGGGAUUAGUGCCGUACUUCAGUCAUGAGACGGAGAAGUACAUCAAAGCAUCAAAGUCUCCGAUCUGCUUGGACUGGAAGAUGUCAUCUAGUCAGGACAUGUCAGGUCCGGUGGUCUCAAGUGGGAGAGCUUACACAACAUCUGACAUUGACUAUACGGUUAAGGUUGAAGCAGAUGGUCUCAGCCCUUUUACAACAUACUUCUACCAGUUCACAGUCUGCGAUACCAACACUACUAGCCCAGUCGGAAGAACCAAGACCGCGCCUGCUGAGAACGACGAUGUUUCCUCCGUCAGUCUCGCAGUCUUUUCAUGCGCAAAUUAUCCGUUGGGCUAUUUCAACGCGUACGGCAAUGCUGCCCGCAAAGACAGCGUCGAUUACGUAGUCCAUCUGGGUGACUACAUCUACGAAGACGAGGUCGGUGUUCCUGGUGAAGACGAGCGGGCUAUGGUACCAGCCAAGGAGAUCGUGACGUUGUACGAUUACAGGACGAGAUUCGCGCAGUACAGGAGUGAUGAGGAUCUGCGGCUGGCUCAUCAGGUUUACCCGUUCAUUACGGUUUGGACAAUGAAUAACACUGAGGAGUCUUUUAACGAAUUUGGCGGCAUAUCCUUUGAUCAACGCAAGAUGAACGCUGUUCGCGCAUACUUCGAGUGGAUGCCUCUGCGACAAGUCGACAUGGAUGAUAACCUGCGCAUUUGGCGAAGCUUCAAGUUGGGCAAGUUGCUAGACCUUGUUAUGCUUGACACGCGUUCUUAUGACCGAAGCAUCACUCGCGUCGGAUGGAACGAUGAGUAUGUCUACGAGAUUUCAAAUGACGCAGGUCGCUCAAUCAUGGGUUCGCACCAGGAGAACUGGUUCUUCCGCCAAUUGUCCGAGUCCAAAGAGCGUGGCACUGCAUGGCGCGUCAUCGGCAAUCAAAUGAUCUUCUCCCGCAUUGACAGAAUGGGCGAAGAUCCCGAUCGCAAGAUUCCCGUCGAUGUGGAUGCAUGGGACGGCUAUGUUGCCAGCCGGAACAGAACGCUGCAGCACCUAUACGAGAACGGGAUUGACAACACGAUAAUGCUGGCUGGAGAUAGUCACCAGAACUGGGUGUCCGAUCUGGUAUGGCUUGAUGAAGUCGAAUAUGACUCCAUCACAGGAUCCGGUGCUAUUGGUGUCGAGUUCGCUGUCACAGGCACCACGAGUGAUGGCCUCGACGGGCCGAUCGCUGCCACUGAGGAGAUCAGUCAGAACCUUGUUCGCGAUAAUGCGGAGUUGCUAUGGCAGGAAGGUUACUAUCGUGGCUACACUGAGCUGCACAUCUCCAAGAAUAAGGUCGAAGCACAAUACUGGGGCUGUCCGACUGUAGAGACGCGCAAUGGGUUUGAGAUAUCGUUAGCAAACUUCACCGUAGCUGCUGGUGCAAAUCACGUUGCGAGACCGAUCGGCGGCAGUAUUGUUGAAGCUGGUGCGAUCAAGGAAGGGCAGGGUGAGGUGAGAGGGACGAAUGUUACGAAGGAUACUCGGACUGGCGAGUGGAGUGUGCACGCAUUCGAUAAGAUGUUUUUGGAGUGGGCGAUGGAGUGGACCGAGCUCUUGAAAAUCAUGGCAAAUAUUCUCGUUCUCCUGGCAUUCCUAGAGCUCGCGCUGUGCGCUUUGCUGAAGUCUGGUCCGAAUGGCGAGGAUGGCCUCAGCCCCAAUGACGACUACAUGCAAAUGGCGCUACACCACAAUGAAAUCAAGUCGUUCUCCAGAAAGCGCCAGAGUGGAAGUCCGGUGUACACCAAAGGACUUAGCAGUUCUUACUUCGUCAACGGUGGGUGUAUCUGCUAG